AUGGGUGUCUCUGCACCUCUGCGUGCCCAGGCCCACUCUGAGAUCUCCACAGAGCAACUAAAGUCUGUUGCACUGAGGUACUGGAAACAGGCCCUGCAGAUGACAAAGCCCAAGAAAGUCCUGGCAGAGAUGUUAUUGGAAAUAAUUGACACUCUGUCUAAUAAUAUUUUGGACCUCUUGAGUCAACCAGAGUGCCCCCUGGUGUCACAGGAAGACAUCAGCAGAGCUCUGGAGCCCUGUCUGACGGAUAUCUUUGAUUUCCUAUUGAGCACCUCACACGACGCGUGUGCUCCGCUCUUCAAGGCCUUGAGCGCAGUAGUGUGUAGCAGUGUCAACGCUGGGCAGAGCCACAGUGAAAUACAGCCCAAAACCUCAUACGUGCCCCCCAAAGAACAUCUGGUCAAAAUGAUGCACUUGAUCAAACCCCUUUUACGUUUCGCCAGAGAUCAGGAAUGUGGAAACAUUACUCGGAGCCUCUGCCUGAUGUCGCACAGCAGACCAAUGCUGUGCGCCAUCACAGCACAGACUUUAGCACACGUGGUCCUCAAGUGUCGGAGGAAAGUGAAUGCUCGGAUUCUGAGAAUGAAACCAGAUCUACAGAGAUGA